AUGUCUUCCUCAGAGGACGAUGACGAUCAUCAUUCCACCCAUUCAGAAACUUCUCUACCCAACACCGCCUCCGCCCGACCUCCGCUUCAGACUGUCUCGUCCUCUCUCCCCACUGGCACAUCUUCCGUACAGGUUUCCCAGAAUGUCCCCACAUUACCGCCCACCAGUCUGCCGCCAAUGGAUGCAAUCAGCCUCAAGUUUUCUCAAGUACAUGAUGGGAUCUUUUCUCUCGCUCGCUCAAUCGAGGCUGAUGGCGACCGUUCCAUAGCAACAUGGCCAGACCUGUUGUCCAAAUACAAUUUUCUCGUCUCACAGUCUCACAUUCUUUCUCAAACCCUUUCAAACUCAGCGUCGCUGGCAGAAGAGCAUUCUGCAGACCCUCGCACGCGACGACCGCCCCUAUCCACUUUGCCUCGCCUUGUGCUGCACCCAAUCUCUCCAACACAGGAUGAUCCAUCCAUGGAUUUCCGUGCCGCUGCUCUCAUCCGGACGGCGCUUAUUCCGGACAUGUCGGAAAGACAAGCGAGCUUGCUGAAAGGGUUUGGUCACAUCGACGCUGAUCACAAUGAGGUUGUCGCUGUGAAUGAGUUGAGUCUCCUCAUCAAGUCGCAUGACGGCCGAGUAUCCCGGAUUCUUGACCAAAUGAAUGCUUUCCGAGAGCAAUACGACUGGACGGCACGUGUAUCCGUCGCACCACCAGAGGAUGCAGCUCACUCUCCCAUUAUCAAUGUGUCGGCGACGUCUCCGGUGGCAAUGCCUGCAGGUCCUGGGGUAGCUGGCGAUGGCAUAGAGGACCAUGGUUCUGAUACUGGUGAAGAAGGCGUCGCCAGUGAUCCAGGAACCGGGAGUACCAACACGAGCGAUGAGGCAUUUUUGCUGGAGGCAGAACUGGAGGACGGUGGCGAAGGUGUAGGUGCAACGCCCAGUGGAGUUCCAAGCGUGACCAGUGAAACCAGUAGACCGUAAGCGGCCGAGUACAGGAUAUCCACCUUGCCAGCGCCCACAGAGUUUCGGGAUAUGACGCCGUUCUUUGCGAACCAGCAAUAGUCAGCGGGACUGUCGUCUUCUAGAGGUUCACUACUGAAAACAUACACAUAGAGUGCGCAAACCUCGGUGGUAGUGUAGUUCUCCAAAUAUACCUUAUUCGGC